AUGACUUCAAAACCGUUAAACAACAUCUGGAUUCGACGCCAACAAUGCCCUUGUGGAGAUUGGAAAUGCUAUAUCAAAUACGAAGGUGAUGAUCAAACAACUGGAGUGUCUGAAUUGGUAAAGACUGAUGGAACAACUUCAUCAUCUUCAGAUGUAAUUUUCACCCCAUAUGUCGGUCAAAUAUUCAAAACCGAUGAUGAAGCUUUCGAAUACUACUGCAACUUUGCCCGAAAGAACGGAUUUUCAGUCAGGAAAGCCCGGUCAACCGAAAGUCAAAACCUCGGGGUUUACAGGAGAGAUUUCGUGUGUUACAGAUCUGGAUUCAAUCAGCCAAGAAAAAAAGCUAACGUGGAACACCCAAGAGAUAGAAAAUCAGUAAGAUGUGGAUGCGAUGCAAAACUAUACUUAACAAAAGAGAUUGUAGAUGGUAUAACACAGUGGUACGUUUCUCAGUUUAGCAACAUUCAUAAUCAUGAAUUAUUAGAAGAUGAUCAAGUACGCCUCCUUCCUGCCUAUAGAAAAAUCCAAGAAUCUGAUCAAGAACGCAUUCUUUUACUCACAAAAGCCGGUUUUCCAGUCAACCGAAUAGUCAAAGUUCUUGAACUAGAAAAAGGGGUUCAACCAGGACAAUUACCCUUCAUAGAGAAAGACGUUAGAAACUUUGUAAGAACCUGCAAGAAAACCGUUCAAGAAAACGAUGCCAUGUUGACCGAAAGAAAAGAACUUGACAUGUUGGCACUUCUUGAAGCAUGUAGGGAAACCUCACAAAGGGAUAAUGGAUUUGCGUAUAACUAUACAACCGAUGAAAGUGGUAAAGUUGAAAAUUUUUCAUGGGCAUAUGGUGAUUCCAUUCGCGCGUUUUCAGUUUUUGGAGAUGUUGUUACUUUUGAAACAACAUAUCGCUCCAUUACUUACAAUAUGCUUCUUGGUGUUUGGUUUGGUAUUGAUAAUCAAGGCAAAGCGUUUUUCCUUGGGUGUGCUUUGCUACAAGACGAAACUUCUCAAUCCUUUUCUUGGGCCCUACAGACUUUCGUCCAGUUCCUAAGAGGAAGUCACCCGCAGACAAUCGUAACAGACAUAGAUUCGGGUCUGAGAGACGCAAUCACCACCGAGUUACCAAAUUCCAAACACGUGAUAUCCAUAUGGCACGUGUUAUCUAAAUUAUCGAGUUGGUUUUCUUUGGAUCUUGGAUUACAGUAUCCAGAGUUCAAAACCGAGUUUGAGUUGUUAUGUCAUCUUGAAAACAUAGAAGAUUUUGAAAACCAAUGGAAUCAUCUUGUGAGUCGAUUUGGAAUCGAGUCAGAUAAACAUGUGGCUCUUUUGUUUUCUUAUCGAGCUUCAUGGCCUGUUGCGUAUAUUCGAGGCUACUUUCUUGCACGUACAAUGACAAUUGAUUACAUGAAGUCUAUGGAUAAGUUUAUGAAGACUAUCUUGAAUCCACAUUCGUCUUUCAAGAAUUUCUUUGAUCAGGUAAGUGAGGCUACAAAUGUUGCAUUUCAGAAGAAACAGAAGCAACUAUCAACAUAUUCGCCCAUGAAGACAAGUCUACCACUUGAAGAACAUGCAAGAAGUGUUCUUUCACCUUACGCCUUCAAUGCAUUACAACAAGAGAUUGUUUUAUGCAUGCAAUAUGGAACAACUGAUAUGGCAAACGGAUCAUAUCUUGUGAGACAUUACAACAAAUUGGAAGGAGAGUGUCUUGUGAUUUGGAUACCAGAUACUGAACAAGUUCAUUGUUCUUGUAAAGAAUAUGAACAUUCGGGUAUUUUAUGCAGACAUUCGCUAAGGGUGCUUGUGCUCAAGAACUACUUCCAAAUUCCUGAAAAAUAUUUUCCACUUAGAUGGCGGGUUGAUACUUCUCUGGUUCUUGAUGAUCAUGUAAUGACAACACAAGAGGGAAAUGAUGAGUGUUCUGAGGCGUUUAACUCUUUGACUUCAACUCUAUAUUCCGAAUGUUUGAUCUCUAAAGAUCGUUUUAGUUAUGUUCAUAAAGAACUGAAUCAGAUUCUUGAAAUUGUUAGAAGUAUGCCUGUUUUUGAUGAGGUUACUCUGGAUUUGGGACCUAACACUGUUAAUGAUUUAUAGAAAGUUAGUGAAUAUUGAGCUUUUCUUGUUGUUGAAGUACAUAGAAUUUAUUCAUUAUCGGGAUAAAAUUUUACAUGAUUGGUCCCUAUGGUUUCAGUUUCUUGCAUGGUUG